AUGGAGGCCCUCCCUUCUGGCAGAUAUGGCCUCUUGGGGAUUCUGUCGCAGGUUACAAGGCUCUCAGGGCUGCUGGUCCAGAACCGCGUCCACCUCUACAAUUUCCUGCUUCUCAAGAUUCUCUACUUCAACCACUGGGUGUCGGGGCUGGCCCAGGAGGCUGGGGGGGCGUCCUGCAGCCAGCAGGCCCACCCACCCCCGGGAGUCGAGGCCUGCCCCCUGGGCCAGACUCUCCGGGCCGGGCUGGCCCUGGUACAUGUUCUGGUGUGGCUGGCCCUGUGGGGCCCCAGGCUGGCGUGGGCGGGUGUGCAGGGCGGCGCCCGGGCCUUGGGCUUGGCCCUGCUGGGUGUCUGGGAGCGGCUGGGCUUCUGCGUGGCCCUCUGGAAGGACUUGCUGCUGUGGGGGCUGCACAGCUCGCUGCUGGUAGCCUUGCUGGUGCUUCUGCUAACCUGGAAGCUGUGUCAGAAGGCCCGGGCUGCAGCCCUGUGAGCUCCUGGGGCCUCCUGCUCACCCACUUCCCUGCCCCGGGCCCUGCAGGAUAGCCACGUGGUGCGGGAGCUUCUGGCGCCACUGAGACGGCUGUCCUGGUGGGUGGAGAGCACAGCCGCGCUCACCUCCUGGCAUCUGGUCUACCUCGUCACCUGGACCACCUGCCUGGCCUUCCACCUGCUGCAGGCUGCCUUUGAGCACACGGCCCAGCUGGCCCAGACCGAGGAGGCUGAACUCCAGGAGGCCUCAGGUCCCUCACCAGAGACCCUACUCCCUGGGCCCUUGACCCCUGAGGCUGGGCCGGUCCUGCCAGAGCAAGGGACCCCUGGAGAAUAA